AUCUGUCGGGAGAUCACUUUCCUUAAUCCUCCAUCUUUAAUGUUUUACGCUUUAUCUUCCCCCGUGUCGUGUCGCCCGUGGCCGCCGCAGUGCCCCGACGCUGGGAUUGUGUGGGGCGUGGGCGGUGUGGGCGUGUGUGGCGGGCGUGUGAGGGCGGCGCGAGGCGGGGUGCCCUAGACCGUCUGCUGUCAAUGGUCAUAGCAAACAUGGCUUCCUCCAGCAGAGGAAUACAAAUCGGAUCUGCGUGGUUCCAGAGAAAAAUCAAGCUCCGGCCGCAGCACAGAGGGAUCCACCUGGUGACAGACGAAGUCCUGAAGGAGAUCCCCGAACUCAGGCAAUUUUCCGUAGGGUUACUACACGUACAGAUCCUCCACACAUCAGCCAGUUUAGCGCUGAAUGAAAACUGGGACCCAUACGUCCGAGAUGACAUGGAGAUGAUGCUCAACAAAAUAGUGCCUGAGGGGAUGCCUUACCGACAUUCCUGUGAAGGCCCCGAUGAUAUGCCAGCCCAUGUCAAGGCCUGUUUCAUAGGUUCCUCUCUCACGCUGCCCAUCUCAGAAGGCAAACUCAACUUGGGAACUUGGCAGGGUAUAUGGUUAUGUGAACACCGAAAUGAUGCUGGGCCUCGAAAGAUUGUUGCGACUAUAAAUGGGUGCUUACGAGAUGGGCGAACUCCUGUCUCUCCAAUGUCUCCAAUGGCAUCAACGAGCAGCUAGAAGAACCCAACACAGGCAUCUGAAGGUGUCUAGUGUGUUCUUAUUGGCUGUGCCAUGAAUGCUACCAGUUAUGGUCAGCGAUUGGCUAAAACUAGUUUGUUGUGUCUAACUUGACAGCCCAAAUGAAUCCAUUCUCCACAAUUCAUUGUGUCCCAUUCCAUCAUUAUGCCACUAAAAUACCUGGCCUUCCGUCAUCCAAUUCCAGAACUUAUUCCUGUGUUUCUUCUAGUUUUCUUAAUUUGUGUUUUCUUCUAGUUAUUGUAUUUUUAUUUAUACCAAAACUCUUAACUGAUAAAGCCUACCCUUUAUAGUUAUUUUAUGUAUUUCAUUAGUUUACUAAACUAUGAUGAUUUCUUCCUUAUACAUCUCUCUCAACUCAAAAUAUUCAUAGUUUUUUCUUUAUAAAACAUUUCCACAUGCUCUCAGUCUAAUAUUUUUUUAAGGUCUGCCUCCAUUUUGUCCUGGUUUUCUUAAACAUCACUCAUUUCUUUCUUCAUCUUUUCUCAGGCUGUGUACUCUCUUCCUUGCCAAUGGGAUAUGGGCUGAGUUGCAACAGUGCUUAAGAAAAGUAUAGCACAUACUGGUACAAACCCAUGAAGAAAAACUUGUGGUGGAACCUUUAUUCUUCAGUGAAGGAUAAUUUACAAUGACUUACCACAGCAGUUUUUCAGUUGUGAUUUUUUCAUACUUUUCAUGAAACGUGUAUAUCGAUUAACUAGCCAUAAAACUUUGGCAGUUCACAUUUCUAGCACUAAAUAUUCUCUGGGGUCCCAAACAAAUAGAAACUCAAGGCAGUGAGAGCUUGGACCCCUGGAAGAGGGGAUUCCGGUGAACAACCUGUUUGCGCCCCGCAUAUCAGCAGAGACGGCAAAUCCAGGGUGUGUAUCAGGUUCAUUUCCCUGCUUUGGGCACCAAAAUAUGACAGUGUGGUUAAAUUGACAUUCGUGGACCUUACAAAGUCUUUCCAUAGAGGUUAAUUUCCCAACUGUAUGCAAUGUGAAACUUACUGUAAUUGGAGGGGAGGAGGUAUGCAUCCAGUUUGGAGGAUAUUCCAGUCUGAGAUUACCAGCACCUACCAUCAGUGCCAGUCCUCAGAAUUGCUGAGUUGUGACUUGAUCACUUUUCUCAAUUUGAGUUUAUUUGAGCUUUUGAAGAUUUUAGCCCUAAUUUAAAAAAAGAGAAAAAGAAAUGUAUCAUAAAAACAUUAAAUUAAAAGUCAAAUUUUACAUUCUUGGUUUGUUUCUACAAGUGGACAUUGCUACUCAAACUGAAGUGGCAUUGCCUAGUUAGUGUCGUGAUCAAGUCACUUCCUUGCCCUUCACCAUUGGUAGCCACCUCCCUCUUGCCAUAUGUAGGAGCAUUUGGGCCUUUUUAUUAUUGCACUCAGAUGGUUAUGGUUGGCUUAUUUAUAUAGAUUUAUAAGUGUAGUUGUUAAUUCACCAAUUUUAAAAACUUGUGAACUUCAACGACGGAACCUCACAUGUAAAGAACUACUUUGUUUGAUUCAUUAGAUACACUGCCAUGGAAGGGAAGUAUUUGUGCUCUUUACAAUGAGCUUUGUAGAACUCUCUAGGUUGAAUUCUUAAGGAACACCUCAAUGCAAAGCUGCAGUCCAUUACGUUACUAACAUGUAAUAUUGUACGGCAUAACUGUCGAGAUGGCAGAAAGCUGUGGCAGAUGCAGUUUUUGUGGAUGGAUUGACAUUUUAAGAAUUCAGAUUAGAUGGGCUACAGCAUUGGUACUGGAAAUUGACUUGAGCGUAACUGCUAGCAAGCAGUGAUCAAGACUGACUGGUGUUGUGGAGUGAGUUUGGUAUGUGCCACUUUGCUUAUAUUGUGGGCAGUGGCAUAUUUCAAGUAGAUUAGCAAUGUUUAACUCAAAGAGAAGGACUCCAAACUGUAUGUUCAGAAGGGACACUUCAACAAGCCUUAGAAAUUAACUUGAAGAUUUAAAAAGAUAGUGUUAAAGCUUUUGUGCCAUUUUUUAUACAUAGAUACGCUUUAUAUAUACAUAUGUUGAUGACUUAUGAAUUUAUUUUAACAUUUUAUUGUGGAUAUGAAAAAUUGAUUCUUGAAUAUACCUUUAUUCUUGAUGUAUGAAAAAUAGUUAAUGCCAAGAGAAAUAGUCCUCAUACAAACUUCUAAUGAGGAUUGAGAGCUUUUGUCACCUUUAAAGAAAUUCUUGGCACGGAUGGGCUAUUAUUAGCCGAGUAUGAUCAGUUACCACAAAGUAUCUCGGACAGUCGUAAAUCAGCUGGAGGCCACUCAGUGUUCCUAAACAAACAAAAAUCAGAUUGCUUCUAUUUUUCUCUUCUAUAAAGAGUAAAAGGAUGUUGUCAUGGGUCUCUCGCUUGUAGCACACUCGAAGGAGGUUGGUUUCCAGUUAUAUAUUUGGGGCAUGUUGCCAUUAUAAGGUUGUUGUAUUUUCAUUUUCUAAAUGAAGUAUACGAUAUUACUUUUAAGAGGUUAAUUUAUAAUUACAGAAAAGGGGACAUAAAUUAUUCUCAAGAUUUUAGUGCAACACUUACAAGGUAAACAGUGGUAUAAACAAACAAUCGAGACAAUAUAUGAUUGCAAGUACAGUAUUGUUAAGUAUAUCCACCUGACUUGCACAUGAUAUCCUUUCCAUUACUCUCUUAUUGUGCAUAACAAAUUUUGUAUCUUUUUACUUAUGUUAAUAUAUUAUGAUUAUUGAUCUGCUUCCUGGCUUGGUGCCUUCUUUUGAUAAUUACUUGUUAAGUAGCUUCAAGUAAAUUCUAGAUAUAUCCUUUGCUUAAGUUUCUGUUUAAUAGGUGAUUGUUUAUCGGAGUUACCAUUGAGGUCUUCUCGGUAAGAGCCUAACAUUUGGUUAACUUUGAAUUACAGCUCAAACCCAAAAAUAUUGGUGGAUGGCUCUUCUCUUCUGUGCUGCAAGUAGCCGCUUUUGAGAUGAAAUUCGCUUAGCUUUAGAUUGUACGUUGGUUAAUUUAGCAAACCAGAUCGUUUCUAACAAAAUUACUCUGCUAGAGUUUUCCGACGAUUAGGAUUUAAAAAUGUCAUAUGUAUUUUAACAUUUAGAAGAGCUUGCUUGCGUUAAGUCACCAUAGGGUAAUUCAAUUGGAAGAUUGUAUAUUUAAGUGAGUAUUUCCACAAAUUUUUCUAAUGUUGUAUACAGCUUUAUCACAGAUUUUGGUACAUUGUGGCAAGUAGAAAUAGUCCUUUAUGAAGGGAGAGUGGAGAAGCAUCUUGUCUUCCCAAGGAAACUUAGCACAUUAUUCCUUGAAAUUGUUAAAAUGGGAAAUAUUUUAUCUUUAUAUUGGAUCAGAGAAAUCAUAAUUGAAGGAUUCAGAGAACCUUAUGAUUUUUCUCAUUUCUCACUGUUGGUGUCUUGUAGGGUACAACAGAGCAUAUAUUUUCCACAGAAUAAUGAGAGAUACAAAUAUUAGUAACCAAAUAUUAGAAAAUGUAAAAAAAAAAAACUAAGAUGUUUAUAACCAUUGUAUUGAGAUCAUAAAUAUUUCACUUCAUAUUGGUUAUUUUGGUAAAAUAUCUAAAAAGAGUAAUAUUCAAAUUAUUAAUGCUUAUUUGAAAACUGCAAAUUGGGAACUUGCAUUUGAAGACAAUGCAUGAGGAUUCUCAUGGAAUAAAAAUAAUGGUGAAUUGCUGCUCUGGUGUAUCUGUUAUUCCAAAUGGGGAUAAUGCAUCAUUCUAUAAAAUUAUAUCUGCAAAUUGUCACAAACCGAGGUUCUCCUCCUUAGCUACUGCACCUGAACACAUAUCAGCUAGUAAUCAUCUUUACAAAUUUUGUCUCGAAUACAUUUUUGCAUCACUCCAAUAUAUUAACAUACACGUUUAAUUAGACCGCACAGAUUUAACUUUAUCGUGAUUUCUCUAUAUCGUCUCUGAUGGGAUACUAUCCACUCUUUUUUCAUUUAACUUGUGAUCAGCAAAUGGGAGCCUUUGAGAGCACUUUAAUGAAGACCUUAUUUAAUUGUGUUGUUGAAUAGACAAAUGUGCUACUUAGAACUGCUUUGUUAUGCUCAUAAAAUGGUUAUUCUUGGCACACAUUUGCAUUGGUAUUUCUGCAAAAGGUAAAAAAUCCGGCAUUGGUGUGAGUAUCUUUGUAGGGAACAAAACACCUCUUCCAUCCACUUGCUUAUUUACCACAUUGUCAGCAGUCAAUAAACCUUGAGUACAGGCUCAGCUGGGGUCACUUCCAUGCCUGUGUUACAUGGAGAGGACUUUCUGAGCUUUAUUCCAACGGCAGCUACUGUUGAUGUUAUCACACUUACACCUUUUGUGUAGUUAUGGCAACAUUGACGUACUCUGCAAGGGGGCAAGUUUUGGGUGCAAGGAAUGGAAGGCAUAUCGGUGCACCUAAACUGUUGCUACUACUACUUAUGCUCAUACUGACAUUUCUGGACCUGGCAUAAAUUUUGAAUUUGUUAAACACUAUAUUUAACAAGAUUAAACAAUGCUGGACUAGGCUCUUGGAAAAGAAUUACUUCUUAUUUUUGGGUAAAGAAAGCAUAUUCAGUAUCUUGAAGGGGACAAUAAAGAGUAAAUCAUCCAAGAAUAAAUACUGUCUUGAAAAGGUCUGUGAUAAAUACCUUCCAUUGAUUUUCCAGCUGAAACUAUCCUCAGGCAUCUGUGUGUGUGAAGUGGUGAACAACUCGUGACCUUGACCCGGGUGUGCGUGUGUGCACGGUAUUCAUUAUUCACCUCAUUACUCGUCGGCCGCCACUAGUCCCUCUUUUAGAUAGGAAAUUUUAUGAUCUUUGAUAUUUUUGUUUUAAAUUAUCUUCAAUGAAUGAUUUUUAUUUUGAUCAAGUGAUUUGAAUGACGUUAAUGUUCCAGUUAUUUACUCAAGUGCUUGUGACAUUACUAAAUCAGGUAUUUUUCUGGUGCAUGUGACAUUACUGAACCAGGUGUUUCAACAUCAGUUAAUAAAAACCAAUCACUUCAUCAGACAGUACUAUAUAUUUGCAUUUAAGCAAAGACAAACUUUUUUUUUGUUAAAGAACUUGUUAAUAUUUGUUUAGGUUUGUAUAUUUUAUCUACAUAGUCCAAAUUGCAAAUAAUUUACGUAAAUAUUUAGGAUGUUGACCCUUUUUCUGCAUCUGUGCAGAUUAUGUAGGAUUGAUGCUCCUCGCAUGAAAGAGAAUUUAUUGUUACAUAUUAGUUAAUAUUUUAUGAUUAUCUGCAAAGUUACCUUUGAUUUUCCUUAAUUGGGAAAGGGCAGAUGAAUGUAGUCACAAUGCCUACCUACCCCUAUGCAGAGCUGUAAGCUCACCCACAUAAACAAAAAAAGGAGAUGUAUUGAUAUUCAGCAUAUGGAAGAAGGCAGCAUGAGAUAUUUACUUUUUAGCUAUUAGACAAAUCCUUGCACCCGGUUCGUUUUUGUGAGGUUAAUCAUUAAAUUUUGGAUUUUAUGAAGGAUUUCAUGAGUUUUUCCAAGUUUUAAACUUAACUGUUUAAGAAGUGAACAGUAAUUAAUUUUACAUUAGAUGAUUGGACACCAAGAUUAAUAGUGUUAAUAGAUUAUCUGUUGGCUGCCCUUUUUUUCUAAACUCAGUUUAGAAAACUCAUUUUAGUUGACAUUGUUUUUAACUUAUACUGUAAUGAACAAGCAGGAGCCAUUACCACUUAAUAUCAAUUUAAUACCAUCACCUUGAAUACUUAAAAAGUCUCUAAAUUAUCCCUAAACAAAUUUUUUUUUUUUUUUUUUUUUACAUUACAUUCAAGGUUAAGAAUUGUUUUACACUGCAUCUUUGUUGCUGCUUAUCUCAAGGGCUAUAGCAGUUUUAUCAUUUUUAAUUCCAUUUCCAAAGAAUUUUACCCACUUUUAAGGCUCUUUAUUGUUGAUUAUUAUUUAAUUAAGUGAUCAUUGUAAACUUGUUAUAACAUGUGCCCUUUGCACUGUGUGGUGCAGCGAGAGUGUUGCGUGUCUCUAGUCCAGAGAUUCGUCUCAGUCUGUUAAUGGCAGUGAUAAGAAAAUGUGGUAAUAGGAAAGGAUUUUUUCUAUAUUUCUUUUUUAUUGUAAAUUAAAAGAGGACAAUUUUAUACCCAUGUAGAGUUCCUGGACUUGUGGCUUGCAACAUACUGGACUUGAAUGACCUUUCUAGUAUGAAGCACCUGACUGCUGCAACAGGCUUUGGUGUAUCUGCAAAAAAAAAAAAAAAAAAAAAAAAAAAUAUUGGACCUGUAUUAAGUAGGCACACUGAAGUCAGAUGAUACAGUUAUGGGGAAACAUUAUCAGCCAUUGGGGUAAGCCAUUACGUACCUUGUAUUUCAUUAUUUUUCUUGAAGUGUACUAGCUCAAGAAAUAUGUGAAAUGUGGAGAGGGAAAUAUAUGGUUGUAUUGUACUAUAUUGAAGUGUACCAACUGGUGGACACUUAUGAUUGAAAGGUAUCGUGUUCCUUGAGUGUGUCUGACCUAAUUAUGGACCUUAGUCAUGAAUGCCAAGAGUUUUGUUAGUUUUAUCUCCUUUAAGGCUUUAGAGAAUUUUGUAAGAGCUCAGAUAUCUAAAAGUUGGAGUUGUAGCAAGUGUCAACAGCUCCAGUUUUUAUAGCUUGUUUUGUGGCACUGUUGUAAGCAGUGCCGAGAGCAGGUCGGCACUGGUAGUGUUGUGGCUGGAAGCUGGACAGUGUGUAGUGUUAUAUAGGCUGUAUUUUUGUACACACUUGAUAUGAACACUUGUACACAUAUACUGUUACAUACAGUACACAAAUGCAUGUAAACUAAUACAUACUUUUAUCAACUUGUAGUGCCUGACUCCUCUUGACUUGCACAACUCUUCCAAUAUAAUGUUCUCAUUAAAUUUUUUAUAAUAAUAGUCUUUGUUAUCAAUGAUGCUGUGCAGCUUCAUUGUUGUAUAUUUUUGGCGUAAACAAAUUCAUGAGUAUUUACCGCCAUCAUGUGAAAGAAAAUAUAACUUGACAGCUUCCAAGAUUUGACAGGUGUCAAAUGCGACUUCCAGACAAGUGAUUCUUUUCUCUGUUCAGGUUUUGAAUGACUGCAGUAAUGUGUUUACCAAAUAUUCCAAUUUGAUGGUUCUUAUGUAUUGCCUUGUAACAUGGUCUUUGAAGUUCUCUUCUUUACUGUGGUAUUUCUUUAUAAUCCAAAUCUUUCUUUAUUUUCUAUCUUCUCUUUUUACAUUUCACUAUUAUAUCUUGUGUUCCUGGUUAAUCUUACCGGUGAAAACAAAGCUUCUAAGUAGCAUCUCAGGAUGGGGAACGAUACAAGGUUCCUUUGGUUCCAACAAAUCUACCCUGGCUUCCUAACCAUAAUGUUUGCUUCCAUAGUGAAAAGCCAAAUGUAGGUAUCUUCCAUAUGUAAAGUCAAGAGGGGCCAGCUUCCAACUUGGGCCCGGGCUGUUGUUCUUGGUCCAGAGUUUCCAUACUAAUGGUGCCAGCAGCUGUCUGGCCUCCAGCCACUGCCUGCUGCUGUAGAUAGAGGGGAGAGUGGAGUGGUCACACAGCUGGCUCAACGUGAACUCCGGCCAGGAAAGCGUGGAAUCUUAAUUUUUGUUCACUUGUGUUUAGGUAAUAUAUAUAUUUUGGGGGCUCAUUUACAUUAAUUGCUUAUACACAGUAUGAAAAAUACAUGUUCGAGACAAUACAGAAAUGCUAUUGGUAGACUGAUUUUCAUCAUGGCUCAUUGUUCAUCUGCAGCUAAAAAAAAAAUAAAAAAAAAAAUAAGCUUAAUGAACUUCAGCUACCUUUUUAAGGUUCCUGGCCAAAUACGUUGAAUUAGUUUCCGUAACAUUUUUUUUUGCUGCUCUGUGAACCUGAACCAUCUCGUGUGGUCCCCCGCCCACUGCAAUACAUGAACGUACAUGAGAUACACACACACACACACACACACCUUGUACACUACUGUUCUGUACAUAGUUUGCUGAUAAAAGCAUUGUGAAUAUUGUAAACUAUAUCCAAGAUGAAACCUCAAAAAUGGCCUGGGUUACUCUAGGGUGUGAGUUGUACGUUUCAUCUCUCCCAUCAUCAUUCUCAUGGUUAUGGGAUUUUCCAAUCAACUAAACGGUUCAUCUGCGGGUGUCAUUGUCAUGCUGAGAAUUUGUCUGUAAACAAACCUGGUUACUGACAUUCAAGAUUAUAUAUAUGUAACUAUAUAUAUAAAUUUAUUUAUAUAUAUAUAUAUAUAUAUAUUCUUUUGUUACUGUACCUAAUUCUAUACAUUGGGAAAUGGUAAUUAUACUUUUGUUAUAUUUCUUUAUAUGGGUUCUAUUAAAAAUGUCUUAUCCAUAUGCAUAGUUAAGCCUCAUGUGGAUUUUUUUGUAGGUCUUUUUAUUUUUGCCAUGUGUGUUUAUCUUGGUUAUUAUGACGAUAGAUUAUUUUGUUUAUUGUACCAUACAUCCCCAACUUAAUUGUUUUCUUUAAUAGCAAACUUGUAUUCUUGCUCCAACUUGGCAUUUCUUACACUUGCCUGUGACUGGCCACAUUUCAUCAUCACCUAAAUGGCAUUCACCUUCUGGUCAUAGUCAUCACCAUCUCACCACCUUUUCUCCAUGUUAACAAGAUCCCAUUGUCUUGUAUUCUAUAUUUUUUGUACCACUCUUAAUGCACUGAUUUAUUGUAUAAUAUCAAAGGCCAGAGUGUGUUGUUGAUCUUGUUUUUAUCAUGUUAUAUAUUGGUAUAAUUACACCAAUGACUGUAUUGCUCAGGAUGCAUGUUGUUUGCAGGUUUAAUUACUCAGAAUACUAGUUGUUAAUAUUUUUUAGAAUGCAAAUUCUUGAUCAAAAGAUGGUAACCAUAGCGAGUAGAGAUACAAGACAAGACAAAACAUCUCACAAGUGCUAGUAUCCUGGGCAAGUGCAUCUUUGUGGGUCCUGAGCGAUAAGAAAUUGGCUUGUCAUGUUGCUUCAAGGAUAUUUUAAUAAAGUUAGAAAUUCCUGUAUGGGAAUGCAGAAA